UCAACGAUUACGUCACAGCAACGAACACUUCAUAUUCCUAAACAGCAUUUAUUAUUCCCUUGCUUUCGGUCCUGAUGUCUGGCUUGAUCUGUUCAGCAUUACCAAGCAGGUUAAGGUCUCAGCUGCUGUCUUGCAUGAGAGGAACAUGCCAGAUCACAGCUCCUUUAUCUUUUGGGGUGAGGCCUUCUCCAUCCAAGCUCUUAACCCUCCAUCAUGGCUGUCGUGUAUCCCUUACUCCCCAAAUCACAGCCUCCGUCAGGUACUCUGACUUGUCCACACAGAAAUAUGACAUGAUUUAUAAAUUCCCCCACAUUAAGCUCUUCAGAGCCGUGUCCAGGCUAAAAUUACUCCAAACUGGGAUCACUGUGAUUAUCCUCCCACCUGUGUACAUUCUAUACCUAAUGGGAGAUGCCCCCCUCUUUCUCGUCAACUACUCGACAGGAACAGCUCUAUUUGCAGGAGUCAUGUUGUACACUGCUAGCCACUUUCUCAGGAGGGUUGUGGGAAUGAUGUACCUGGAUUCGUCCCACAGCACGCUCAAAGUGUCCCACCUGACUUUCUGGGGUAGGCGGCAUGACAUCUUCAUGCCUGUGUCAGAUGUUAUGACUGUUGGGGACACUGGGGACUCUUCACAUGAGACCAUACUAAAACUGAAGCGAUAUAGCACUCCUGAGACUUUGUAUUUCUCCACACGUUUUGGACAGGUGGUGGACAAACAAUGUUUUGAGAAGGUCUUUGGAAGUUUAAGUUGACAUUAGUUAUGUGUCAUAUAGAUGAUAGAUGCUAACCCUCUAAUUCUUACAUUUCAAGAGAGAAUUUUGUGGAAUUCUGGUCAGGUGGUCAAUUUCAAAUAGCUUCACAUGAUAUAGCUUCACAUGAUAUACCGACCUCCUCAUUUAUGACUCACAUUUACUUUUUCUAUGUGAAAGAUGCCUGUUAUGCAAAUCAGCAUUUUUAUUUUACAGUAUUUUGAUGCCUUUAAUGUGUCUUUCUACACCACCACUUAUGAAGAUUCUUGUUCAUUCACAGUGAUAACUGAGUUGUGUGUGCUAAUUAGAUAAUUUUUAGCUAAUAAAUGUUUUUAGUAUAUAGGAGACAAAUUCAUUUCGUGGGACACACACCUGUAUACCAGCUGUAAGCCUUUAUAACUACUCACCUGAUCAGUCACAAAAUGAAGUCUAUGUGCACAAUAUAAUGAUAGCCUAUACAAGAGCUGUGUUAAGUAUUCUGCCUUUGAAAAUAAGUUCCCUUUUGAUUGACAUUGUCUGAGAGAUAUUAUUUUAACCCUAUUAGUUCAGUGGUCAGUCUUGUGGUGUGUGUGUGUGUGUGUGUGUGUGUGUGUGUGUAGUUAGUAGUAGUUUGGAGCUGUAGUGCUUCAUAAUGAGACAGGUCUAAUAUUUUGGUUUCCUCAAUCAGAGUAAAAAUAUUAGGAACAGGUUUCGGUAUGAUUAUAGUACAGUUAAAGUACAAUAAAUUUGAUACUGCUCUUGUAUUGGCUACCAUAACACAAGGGAGUCCUUCGUUCAAUCGUAAUUCCUACAGUGACGACAUAACCCAAUUUUGUAUAUAAGUCAGAAUGUGCUAUACAACAUGAACAUUGAACAAUGAAAUAAAAACAGUAGCCCACGGUGUAACUGAGCAUGCCUUCUUGCCACGCGUGAAGACAGUGACAUGCGGCGUGGCCGGUCAGUGUAAAUCUGUAUAUUUAUUUAAGCUUUGGAUACAAUCGUACUAAAGAUGAGUGUUAUGAGUACUUUUAGACGUCCCCAAUGCAAUAUUGUGUUUAUUACUGCUACAUAUUAAAUACAAAGCAUUGACAUCAUAAUUCUCUGGAGGACUUAAGGAUUUAUGUACCAUAUAGAGUCAUAAAUACUGGAAACAAACACCUCUGACUUUCAACAUGUCACACAAUAGAUCUGUGGAGUUUUAUUUUCAACUUGUUAACAGUUGGAUUUUCCACAACAUCCACUAGUCAAGUAAGUAAGGCCAGCCAGACAGAGUGAUGUGGCCGAAAGCGACUGUU